UGCGGGUAGACGACACGCUAUGAUCAAACGGGAUGUCCUUAUUUUCGGUUUUAUUUGAAAUCACUUUGUAAAUAAUCGUUCACGAAACGUCGACUUCUCUGACGCGAGAUGUCUUUAGAAGAAUCAGACGAGUUAGAAUUUAGUGCAGAGUCACUGGAGAGAAAGCAGCGAGGAAAGGUAUAUGCACUGGUUGAAAAAACGGCCGAGGGCUUCUUAGCGGAUGGACUUUGGAAAUCGAAGAGAGAGGAGGAGUUGCAUCGAGAAAUAGAAGUGAUGUCUGCAGAAAAGGCCAAACGUUUGUUCGAAGACGAAAGAGAUCGAAAAUCCUGGGUGGCUGCUAUUAAAAGAUCCGUAGAGCAAAGUAUACAAUCUCAAGUGCGGGCCGCUUUAGGAACUCCACCGGGUGAAAAGAGAAAAAAAUUACACGAACAACGGCUUGCAGAAGAGCGACGGAGGAGGCAGAUAGAGAUGGAAGACUCUGAUAAACACAGAACAACAGAAAACCGUAACUACAGCUAUCCGUCUUUUCAUGAUGACGACGGGGUGUUGUUUCAGAGACGUCAACAAUAUUUACAGAAGUACGCGAUCAGACGUUCGAUGAGAUCUCUUAAGUUCGAUCAAUCUUCGACAAGAAAUUCUGUUCGUGACUUCGACGACAUAGAUCCUUUAUCAAACGACUUUAACAAACGAUUUAGCAUCUACACGCGAGCUGCACUCGAUAAUGCAGGUAAAACGUGCUCAAACGCAAACACUACUGUUGUUUAUAAACGUUCACCAGGAUGUGUAUGGAUCGAUCACAAUGGCGAUCAACAUGACAUCCCCGGCCCAUUUUGGCCCAAAGAUCACCUACCGCGUUUUUCAUGUCAGAAACAUAUUCACUAUAUCCCCGAUUUUGUCGAAAGGUUGAACACGGAAGCUGAAAAUGCCAAUGCUGGACACAAAGUACCUAAUGAAGAAUCCCUGUAUCCUCAACAGUGGCGAGGAAACCUCACAGUUUAUGAACGACAGAACAGAGGGGAGGGUAACCAAGCUCAUUAUGUUCCAGCUGGGUGUCCUCCCUGUCUUACAUUUGAAUCAAGGUUUGAAUGUGGAAACCUGAAGCAGGUCAAGAGAAUAGGAAGUUAUGAGUAUGAUCUUAUUCUCAGUUGUGACUUGUACACCAAACGACACACGCAAUGGUAUUAUUUCCGUGUCCAAGACAUGGUACCUGGCACCACUUACAAGUUUAACAUAAUCAAUUUGCUGAAAAAAGACAGUUUAUACAAUUACGGAAUGAAACCGCUGAUGUACUCCGAACGUGAUGCUAAAGCGAGAGGUCUGGGUUGGAAAAGAGUCGGUUCACUAAUUAGUUAUUAUAAGACUUCAUCUUAUAAAAGUCCUUUGCUUCAACGGGAAUAUGUCUACUACACUCUUACAUUUCACAUGGAGUUUCCACAUGAGGAUGACACAUGUUACCUUGCUCACUGUUAUCCGUACACGUACACUGACUUGGAACUUUACUUACGAUCCAUCAUCGAUAAUCCGAAGACUUCUCAACACGUUCAACAGGAGGUACUGUGUAAAACUAUGGCUGGAAACAAUUGCCAUGUGCUGACUAUCACAUCUUCUCAAGUUCCAGAAAGCGAGAAGCUUGGUGUUGUUGUGAGCGCCAGGGUACAUCCGGGAGAGACGAACGCUAGUUGGAUGAUGAAAGGCAUGCUGGACUUCCUUACAAGCGGUCAUCAUAUUGCAGAGAAACUUCGUCGAAAGUUCGUGUUCAAGCUAGUUCCAAUGCUGAAUCCAGACGGCGUAAUUGUUGGUAACUACAGAACGAAUUUAGCCGCCAGAGACUUGAACAGGACGUACAAAGACCCCAAGAAGGAGAGCUUUCCAACUGUUUGGCACAUGAAGAAUAUGCUGGAGUCAUUCAAAAAGGACCAUCAGGUUAUCAUUUACUGUGAUCUUCAUGGACAUAGCCGCAAGCCAAACGUCUUCAUGUACGGCUGCACGGCUGACCCCAAAAUGGCAUCGAUGAGUGACUUUGUCGAGGAGCGACUUUUUCCUUGGAUGAUGUCCCAAAAGGCUCCAGACAAAUUCUCAUUCAGUGGUUGUAAAUUCCGAGUGCGCAAGUGCAAGGAGUCAACAGCGCGUGUGGUCAUGUGGCGUCAAAUGGGAAUUACGAACAGCUUUACCAUGGAGGCGACAUUCUGUGGCGCUAACUUUGGUGACAUUGAGAAAGGUAGACAUUUUCAUGUUGGGGACUUUGAAGAGAUGGGUCGACAUUUCUGUGAAGUGCUGUUGGAGUACUCAGAAGCAAAGAGUGGCAAUCGAAGUGAAAUGACCCAGGCAUUCGUAGAGCUGGCUUGCAAGAUGACUCGAGACAUUCUUCGUCAAAUGGUAGGCAACUUCAAUGUGGAGAAUGUUUCCAAAGACAGCGCUGCUUAUAACAGCCUCGAAAAUACAGAAGCAAACGAAAGAAAUCAACGAAACGAUUCAUUAAAGGAGAACGAGGAAGUAAAUGAAUCUGGUGUCAAGGAAUUUCCAGUCUCAAAGAACAAACCCGUGAAUUUUAUGGAUGUUCGAUUGCAAACGCCCACAGAGGGACAUGAGAAUGAUGUGGAAGUUUCAGUCAAAGGUGUCCACGUGGAUUCGUUUAACGAUUGCUUGAAAAUACUAGAUAAUUUAAAUCUUGUGGACCGCUUCGAUGAGUCAGACUCCAGUGACUCAGACAGCGACGACAAUGACUUUGAUGACAAGGAAGAUGAGCCGGGAUCCAGUGGCAAUACCGGGGAAAGAAGGAGGAAGAAAAAGAAGAAAAAGAAAGCUAAACAUUGGUGGGAUACAUUAUCGAAACCUCCCGGGGCUUCAGAAACUGGUGACAGUGCAACGGCAGACGAGAGUGGCGGCAUGAAGGAGAAAAAGAUAAAGACGAACUUUGGAAAGUUUGUGAAUCCUUAUGUGCACCGGACAAAUGGUGGAAUCCCUAUCUUCUCUCAAGAGAGAAUUCAAAACCGAGCGAAAAAGAGAGAGGAAUCGCAAAACGGUGGCUCACAGGAGGCAGAGAACAAAGAUUUCCUAGUAAAGUAUGCAACACAGGAACCUCAACAAUCACCGCAGGUUCUCGCCGUAACUGAUGACACAGAGAUGAACUUCAUCACCGCUCAGAGACGUGUGGCGUAUUACAUGUUUGCUGCAAAUAAAAAUCAGCAGAACUGGGCAACGGCGAAAGCAGGGCCAACACGCACGAAACCCCCACCCAGUCCCCCUAAAAACGUUGUAGAGAUGGACUCGUUAAAAUUUGAUUAUCUGAUCGGGGACGGGUAUGGCUUCACCAUCCGCAUUCCAGGGAGAAAACCACAGAGAUCUCGCACUCAGCCCCCACUGCAGACAUUCGAGGAGGCGCGACUCAAACCCAGGAAAAAGCAAGUUUCUCCGGCUUAUGCUUUUGACUUGGGUGACGAUCAGGUAGCACUCCCGGAUGUGACCCCCGGUCUUCACAAUCGUCACCACAACCGUUACUAUAGGAACGAUUCCGAAGAAGAGUUUGAUCGAAGAAGACCUACCAAAAACACCCAAAUGAGACGAGGAUUGUCUGGUUCAUUUGGGGGCGAAUUGCCAGAACAAAAGAGAAACAACUUUGCUAGGUCACGAAGUGAACAUGGAAUGUCAGUUAGGAGCGAGGACAGUGAAGAUGUUUCGUCUAAAAGUGCUGGUCACAGACCCAGAAACGAACGCCCAAUGUUUGAGCCUUCAGCGCCAAUUCCGUCAUAUGUGUCUUCUCCUUAUGCCAGUCGUAAAAGAUGACCCUAAAUCGGCGACUUCCUCUAAUUUCCACCAUCUCUUACAUAGCCCUUUUCUUCAAAUGACCGCUGGCCUUGAUAUCUGAAGGCUCUGAGCCUCACCAAGGGAAUUCAGCUACAUGACGAAAGACCGCCUGUUAGAUAAAACUAUUCUGUUACUUAGUAACCAUGCUUAAGAAAGCGUUGUACCUGGCUCCAGAGUUUAGCUAUCUAUAAGAUCGGGUGAUAAAGAAAUACCAUAAUUGAUUUGAUCUUGCUUCACGACGCUCUAUGAUUGUUAAAAAACUCACGCUACCUUCUCAACCAAUCAGGUUCAAACUAAAACCAGUCGUGGCUUUCUCUCUCGCCUUUUUUCGCGCUUAAUGACGUUUGUUUUUCAUUGGUUCCUUUUCAAUUUUUCCUUCGAGCUAAUUGGCCGUUAUAGUAAGUUUGGUGUAGGUGUGGUUUUAAAACACUAAAUUAAAAAGCGCUCUAAAAGUUUGUAAAUUACAUUGGCAUUUACAAGUCAUAAAGACAAUUGGUGAGUUACCCUCAGAGGAAAGUUCCUCAUUUACUCUUGUUAAAUGAACAAUUUCAUGCAUUCAAGACUCAAAUUUCAUUUAUACUUAAGAUUAUAUAUUUUUAUUAAGAAUAAUUUCCGACAAAUAUUUUAUACACAGAGUUCUUUAAGCUCAUAUCAUCCAUAUAUUUAUUCACAAGGGCUCACAGCCAUGUUGGUUUUGUACAUCAGAAAAUUAAACAAAAUACAGUGAAGAAUUAUUUAAAGUUUAUAAAUCGGCGCGUUAGAAAGAUUUGUUUGUAAAAAGCGGAGUGCAUAAUGUGUUUGUUUUUGUCUCAGGACCGGAAUUUGUAAUGGGAAGGAAGAAAUAAAGAACUGCAAUAAAAAGAAUUCUGGUUCCAAGUUUCUUUUUUUGAAAGAUAAACAUCAUGAAGCUCACUGAGAAGGACUGGACGCGAACGGGAAAGCACCUGUGCAGCUUCAUCGUCCACCAAUCAGGGGAUGAUUUAACUUUGGGUCACGUGAGAAGGCGUGCGGUUUCCAACCCCGUUUCAUCCUCUAACAACGAAUUUACUCGGUAUCUCUGAAAGUAUGAACAAUAUAAACAGAGUUUAGUUAAGAGGUACUCUGG